AAAGUAAAUAAUCUAGAAUUCAAAUAACAAAUGAUAGAAACUUCAAAUUCAAAAAUGAAUCCGGAGAAGACAGCAGCAUAAAUUGAAAAAACUGGAAAGUCAAAAUUGAUAAGUGUUAUUAACUCGUAAAAAUGAAUAUUUUCAGAAAAUUAUUAUUUAAUGACAAGUCCCGCGAUGUUGUGUCAUUAUGUAGAAGGAACUUAAUGGCCCAUAACAUAAACCACAUUAUGAACAAAAAAGUUAUGGACAGGUACAUGAGACUUCCUUGGCCUUGCAACAAGAUCCUCGCUACAUAUUGCUGGAUCGACGGAUCAGGUAUAAAUUUGAGAUGCAAGGAUAGAAUCCUUAGCUGCAUGCCAUACUCUGCAGACGCAGCUCCCGAUUGGGCCUUUGACGGCAGCUCCACUGGACAGGCGAGCACCGAGAAUUCUGAUACCAAGCUGUUGCCAGCAGCAGUCUGUAGAGAUCCGUUCAGAAUGGAGCCACACGUAUUAGUCUUGAGUGAAGUAUAUGUGGGUGACAACAAGCCAUCUCCAACUAACCAUAGAAAUUUCUGCAAUGCUUUAUGUGAAGCUCACAGAGAGCAAGACCCUUGGUUUGGACUGGAGCAAGAAUACGCCAUGUUGGACGUCGAUGGUUGGGGCUUGGGUUGGCCUAAAGGUGGUGGAUUCCCGGCUGUCAAGUACGAGUAUUCAUACUGCGGAAUUGGAGCGAAAUAUGUUUGCGGCAGAGACGUGUGUGAAGCGCAUACGCGUGCUUGCUUAUACGGCGGUCUAGAUUUUGAAGGCACUAAUGCCGAAGUCAUGUUUGCAAGUUGGGAAUUUCAAAUAGGCACUACAACAGGCAUAAAAGCACCUGACCAUAUAUGGUUAGCUCGAUAUAUAUUGGGUCGCGUAGCAGAAGAUUACGGUGUUCAAAUCACGUACCAUCCAAAGCCAAUGGGAAUGAAGCAUCCAGGAUGUGGAAUGCAUCACAAUUUCAGUACCAAGAAAAUGCGCACUGCGCCCGGGGGUUACAAAUUUAUUGAAGAAUGCAUUAAGAAACUAGAAAAGAAUCAUAAGAAACAUAUGGCACACUACCAAAUGAGUGAAGCAGCAAACAGAAUGAGGUUGUCGGGUCAGUUUGAAACUGCUCCAUUUGACGAAUUCCGCUGGGGUAUCGCUGAUCGAAAAUCUUCCAUCAGGCUUCAAAGACGAAUCAAAGAAAAAGACGCAGGUUUCAUGGAAGACAGGAGACCCUCAGCUGAUUGUGAUCCAUACAUGGUAUGUGGCUUACUUAUGGAUACAUGCUUGGGGUCAGCUGGUGGCGGCGGCGGCGGUGGGUGUCCCAAAAAGUAGGGUGUAAGUUAAGUUAUAUGCUUUCUCUAACCGUGAUUCGAGUUUGUUCCCAAUGUACAUAGAGUUAGAUCAACAUAAGUUGC